GCUGUUGCGCGCAUGCGCACGACUCAGUGUUAAGUGAGGAAAAAAAAGCAACAAGAAAAGCAACACAUCGUUAUGUGCAUGGCCAAACGAGCCACAGCACAGCGAAAUACCAAAACAAAGAGAUAUAUUGACAGGAAAUAAUACAGGUGGAAGCGACUGAGCAGGUUUAAAUCUGUGCACAAGCAGAGUAAGCGACGCAUGGCUCUCCAUAUGGACAUUGCUGUGGCCUGAGAGGAGGACAGAAUGUUUACAUGACGGGCCGUCUCGAGACAGAGCGGUGACAGUUGAACGUAUCGCUUAGUCGGGUUGCAUUGAACGGCACAGACAUUCCCGAAGAUGCUGAAAAGAUUGGCCGCACCGGCGUCAUGCAGCAGCUGUCUCCUCGCCUUCAUCCUCGUCUUCGUCUCGCCCAGGUGUACGCUGUCUGUCGGUGCCGACAAAAAUAUGGUCAACAAAGAGGAUUAUUAUAGCGCCACGGUGAACGCCACCGUUUUGGACCAUAAAGGCAAUCCUCAACAGAUGGUCACGAAGAAUGACGGGCGAUAUGGGCAGAAUUCUCCCAAAACAGAGGCGAAGGGCAUCGUGAUUGCACCUGCUGCUGUUAAUGGAGCUGUGGAUAUUCAAGGCUGUCAAAACACCCGAUUUGUUGUGCCUCCAAAGACCACACAUUGGGUGGCCAUAAUGCAGAGGGGGAAAUGCACCUUCAAGGAGAAGAUCCUUAAGGCAGCUGCUUUCAAUGCUUCGGCCGUCGUUAUCUACAAUAACAACACCAAAGAAGACACAGUCACCAUGGCUCAUGAAGGCACUGGUGACAUAGUGGCGGUGAUGAUCACAGAGACCUUUGGAAAGGAAAUUCUGGGCUUCCUGGAGAAGAACCAGACUGUGCUAGUGUCAGUGAUGGUGGGGUCACGAGGGCCACCCAAGAACAUCAAUCGUGGCUCCUUGGUGUUUGUCUCCAUCUCCUUCAUUGUGCUGAUGAUUAUCUCCUCUGCUUGGCUCGUCUUUUACUUCAUUCAGAAGAUCAGAGACACCAGCGCACGGGACCGCAGUCAGCGACGACUGGGAAAUGCUGCCAAGAAGGCCAUUAGCAAGCUGACUACCAGGACAGUAAAGCGAGGGGACAAGGAAACCGAGCCAGAUUUUAAUCAUUGUGCGGUGUGCAUUGAAGGUUACCAACUAAAUGAUGUUGUCCGCAUCCUACCUUGCAAGCAUGUCUUCCAUAAAAUGUGUGUGGACCCGUGGCUAAAUGAGCACUGCACCUGCCCAAUGUGUAAACUUAACAUCCUCAAAGCUCUGGGAGUUAUGCCCAAUCUGCCCUGUGUGGACAACAUGGCUUUUGACAUGGAUCGGAUGUCCCGCAGUCAGACCUCCAGCCAGAGGACGGCUCUGAUGGACCUGUCCUCAGAGACCAGCAUCAGUCUGGAGCCCCUACGCCACUCCAGUUCCUCCCAACUCCCCUCCGAUGAAGAGCUCAUCCCUCACUCUGGAGAAAUCAACAUCGCUGUUACCAGUGGUCAUUUCUUCAACCGGAGUUCUGUGUCUCCACGCAGCGUCGUCUGUGAGAUGGAGCUUCCUGAUAUACAAGCGUCACUAGAAAUGUACGAUGACAACAAAUCCUGAGGGCAGGCACCUCCUCCACACUAACCCCAUUCCUCCAUCAUCAUCUCCCAACCCCAAACUAUGGGGGAACAACUGAAAUACCUUUAUGAGUGUGAAAUGGAGUAUUGACAGUGACCACACUGACUAUGGCGAUAAAUUCUGCCACUGUAGAUUGAUCAACAUUGCAGUCAGUCACCUCAAGAGGAUGUGAUUGGACUACUGCUCUAUAUGUCAGCACCAUCAUUGGCCUCCGUACACUUAGAAAUUGAUUGCGCUCUUUCUCUCUCUCUCUCUCUCUCUCUCUCUCUCUCUCUCUCUCUCUCUUCUUUUUUUUUUUUUUCUUUUUUGAAAGACUAUGUUAAAAGACAUCUUUUCACAGAUGACUGUGAAGUUAGGUUUUUGUUAUCCUCAGUUAGCCACAAACGUCGUCUGUUAGACUGUGUAUGCAAUUUGCUGACUGUUUUUACGUUCCAAUGCUUACUAUUAUGCAAAAUGGAGAAAACUGUCAUGGACAGUGGUAAAACGAGGAUGGAAACUGAGCCUUUACAGAGCUGUCUGCUUCGUAUCUCCUGCUUUUGUAGCGAAACAUUGUCUCAGAUGCAAACAAACUCGCCCUUCAUAUGCUUAAAUGCUGAAGCUUCACGUUUAGUGCUGGCCAGCAAUCACUCAAGACACCUCGACAAAUCAGCAUUACUUCCUCCUAGAAAUAUACAGUAUUUCUCUGUACAUAGAAUGAAAAUGUUUUAAACAUGUAUUUAAAGAAAAAUCCUAUGGAAUACCUACAGCGGAUACUAAUCAGUUCCAACCAAGGGGACCUAAUUUAUAUAUGAAUAUAUACAGUAUUUGCAUAUAAUAAUUCAUAUAUCUAUCUCAAGUGGCCUCUUGGCACAAUUUGUCUUUCCUGGAUCUUGUCUGUGCACAAGAGUGUCUGUUUCUUUGUGUUCUAGUUUUUGUAAGAACGUUUUGGGGAUUGUAUUGUGAUCAUACUGGGCUGCACUCACUAAGAAUCUCAGAGCUGGAGUGCUGAUUCUGCAUCAGUUUUGCAUUUUGCCAUGUAGUUACAGUUGGGACAGGGCAGGUGAAGUUGAUCCUGGGUCAGAACCCCUACUUUGAGACAUGUAGUGAGUACAGGCUCUGCUUUAUGUGGAUCAUGGUAAUGGACUAUGUUACAUACUGCCUCAGCAUUAAACUUGUCAUAA